AUGGCUACCCCUAGUGUCCUCGCUUUUGACGCUGAGGGUCGAGCCAUUGACUUUGACGACUGGGUAGAUGACGUGCAGCUGUUUUUACAGUGUGAUAGGGCAGACUGUCUCUCACUCUUUGACCUCACCUCUGGCGCCUCUCCUGCCCCUGCUGCUGAUGCUGACGCCACUGUUCGCUCCCAGUGGGCCACGCGCGACGCUGCUGCACGUCUUGCUGUGCGUCGCCACCUCCCUACCUCCGAGCGUGCGCACUUUAGUCAGUACAAGAGUGCUCAGACCUUCUACGACGCUGUAGUUGCGCGCUACUCCUCCCCUGCCACUGCUGCACUGAGCCGUCUCAUGCUACCGUACCUCUUCCCUGACCUUGCUGCCUUUCCCACAGUCGCUGACCUCAUUACGCACCUCCGCACUAGUGACACUCGCUACCGCGCUGCGCUUCAUGCUGACUUCUGCGCCAAGAACCCCCCCCCAAUGUACAUCACUCUCUACUACAUAGGGCUGGGAGCAACUCACCUGGCUGGUGGGGGUGCUGGGAGCAACUCACCUUGCUGGUGGGGGUGCUGGGAGCAACUCACCUGGCUGGUGGGGGUGCUGGGAGAAACUCACCUGGCUGGUGGGGGUGCUGGGAGCAACUCACCUGGCUGGUGGGGGUGCUGGGAGCAACUCACCUGGCUGGUGGGGGUGCUGGGAGCAACUCACCUGGCUGGUGGGGGUGCUGGGAGCAACUCACCUGGCUGGUGGGGGUGCUGGGAGAAACUCACCUGGCUGGUGGGGGUGCUGGGAGCAACUCACCUGGCUGGUGGGGGUGCUGGGAGCAACUCACCUGGCUGGUGGGGGUGCUGGGAGCAACUCACCUGGCUGGUGGGGGUGCUGGGAGCAACUCACCUGGCUGGUGGGGGUGCUGGAAGCAACUCACCUGGCUGGUGGGGGUGCUGGGAGCAACUCACCUGGCUGGUGGGGGUGCUGGGAGCAACUCACCUGGCUGGUGGGGGUGCUGGGAGCAACUCACCUGGCUGGUGGGGGUGCUGGGAGCAACUCACCUGGCUGGUGGGGGUGCUGGGAGCAACUCACCUGGCUGGUGGGGUGCUGGGAGCAACUCACCUGGCUGGUGGGGUGCUGGGAGCAACUCACCUGGCUGGUGGGGGUGCUGGGAGCAACUCACCUGGCUGGUGGGGGUGCUGGGAGCAACUCACCUGGCUGGUGGGGGUGCUGGGAGCAACUCACCUGGCUGGUGGGGGUGCUGGGAGCAACUCACCUGGCAGAUUCCAUCUCCUUCUCCCAGAUUCCACCCCCUUCUCCCAGAUUCCAUCCCCUUCUCUCAGAUUCCAUCCCCUUCUCCCUGAUUCCAUCCCCUUCUCCCAGAUUCCAUCCCCUUCUCCCAGAUUCCAUCCCCUUCUUCCAGAUUCCAUCCCCUUCUCCCAGAUUCCAUCCCCUUCUCCCCGAUUCCAUCCCCUUCUCCCUGAUUCCAUCCCCUUCUCCCAGAUUCCAACCCCUUCUCCCAGAUUCCAUCCCCUCCUCCCAGAUUCCAUCCCCUUCUCCCCGAUUCCACCCCCUUCUCCCAGAUUCCAUCCCCUUCUCCCUGAUUCCAUCCCCUUCUCCCUGAUUCCAUCCCCUUCUCCCAGAUUCCAUCCCCUUCUCCCAGAUUCCAUCCCCUUCUCCCAGAUUCCAUCCCCUUCUCCCAGAUUCCAUCCCCUUCUCCCAGAUUCCAUCCCCUUCUCCCAGAUUCCAUCCCCUUCUCCCAGAUUCCAUCCCCUUCUCCCAGAUUCCAUCCCCUUCUCCCAGAUUCCAUCCCCUUCUCCCAAAUUCCAUCCCGUUUUCCCAGAUUCUAUCCCGUUCUCCCAGAUUCCAUCCCCUUCUCCCAUAUUCCAUCCCCUUCUCCCAGAUUCCAUCCCCUUCUCCCAGAUUCCAUCCCCUUCUCCUAGAUUCCAUCCCCUUCUCCCAGAUUCCAUCCCCUUCUCCCAGAUUCCAUCCCCUUCUUCCAGAUUCCAUCCCCUUCUCCGUGAUUCCAUCCCCUUCUCCUAG